AUGGGAGGUGGGUAUGGGUCAGAGACCGAGACCCCACGGCCGCCUCCUCCCCCACGGCCGCCUCCUCCCCCACCGCCUCCUCCUCCCUCACCGCCGCCUCCUCCCCCACCGCCUCCUCCUCCCCCACCCCCGCCUCCUCCCAAACCGGCGCUUCCACCCAACUAUGAAGCUAUUUUGAGAGAUGCUGACUCACCCAUCAACAAAUCCUCAGUGGAAAACCUCCAUGAACAGCUCCGUGCUGGAAUAACCUUAAACAAAAACAGAAAGAAGUAUUGGAUUGACAAGAAGUCCAACAACUGCUUUAUGGUAUAUGCUAGGGAUCUCUCGAUCUCUUGGGCUGAAGACGAUCGUAACUGGCUCUGGCCCUCCCUGCAGGAAACCAGUGGUGACGUCAUUGAUGCUGCUGAAAUGAUUAAUGAAUGUUGGCUAGAAGUGCACGGACAAUUUGAGACUACAAAGCUGUCACCAGGAACUCUGUAUGAAGUUGCGUUUGUGGUCAAGCUGAAAGAUUCAGCUGAAGGAUGGGAUGUUCCAGUGAAUGUCAGUCUCACUCUUCCAGAUGGCAGCAAACAAUGGCAUGAAGUUAAGUUGAAGGAAAUCCCAAGAGAGCAAUGGAUAGAGAUUUCGGUUGGCGAGUUUAGAGCAUCACCCGAAAUACCUGGGGACAUGGAGUUUUCGAUGUAUGAAUAUGACAGUGUGAAAUGGAAGAGAGGACUUGUUAUCAAGGGUGUUAUCAUUCGGCCUAAAAAUUAA